AUGUCGUCCUUUUGGGAAUUCGAAACCACCGACUACAAUGGCGCUGGCAGCAACAUUGAUAGAACGAUGGAGUACAUCUCCAGCGACGGGCAAUCAGCUGCUGCUCUCGUACUGGCAAAUCUGGUGGCUGAACGAAUGCGAGAUUCCGAGUCAGACCCGAGAAAGUUCAAGGCUGGGGGUGAGGUUUACGAGCCUGGCUUCUUGCGAGAAUUCAAUGACCCCAAGCUCUCUGAGCUCCGGGAAAUGGCGUCGACUAUGGACCUCACCAAAAUGUCCAAAGAGCUGCUCAUGCUAGUCCUGCCACUGCUUCUUCAUGUCGAUACUCAAAGCCCCACGCCAGAAGAUAUCCAUGCUCUGCACGAGUUUUCCGCGGGUUUAUUGACGGCACAAAAGAACAUGGUGGACAAGUGGCUGCGACAAGAACCGGCCAAAAGCACCCUGGAGCGGGCAUUCAAGACGAAGACAUAUCCCGAUUUCAAAGAAGCGUAUCGGUCCAGGGCAGCCAUUGCAAAAUACAACGCCAGUCAAACUGAGCUGCGGUAUAAGGCUGUCGAAUCCUAUGCCUAUCAAUUUGUACAAGCUUGCCAGUGUACAGACUGUCUUCAAACAGUCAUGAACCUUGGUUUGAUCAGCUUUCGAAGCUACGGACAAGAUGGCAAAAGCUUGCUUCAUGCCGCCAUUCAGGGCGGGCAUAAUCCAUCUAUAGCAUUCGCAAUUGACGGUUUGAUGAACCUCGGGCUUGACCCCAGACACUUGCCAACAUCUAUUGAAGGAAUGUCCAUUCCUCACCAUGUGGCCUCACUGCACGAACAGGAGAUAUUCAAAGAAGUCGUCAUGAGGCUUAGCAAAGCUGGCUAUCCAUUGAUGGUCUGGAAUGACGACGGACUGAAACUCGAAUUGUGCAGCUUCAUUACCGCCGACACAGCCGAGUGGCUCUUGUCAGAGGGAUUCAACAUCACCAAGUUACCCAGGAAUACACUCCCACCCUUCCUACCUUCAACCGAGUUCUCAGAUGAAGGCAUCUCCAACGACAACGACUGGACCUCUCCACCGGGAAAGAACUGGAACACAGACGCAGUAUACGGCGACCCAAUCAUCCGCAAGGACCCAUUCGAAUAUGACACAUUCGACGCGAACACCAUCCAACUCGACGGCAUGGGCGUCACACCCAUCGAACUCCGUCCCACCUCCCGAACAGUCUGGCACCGAGCAAUCGAAAACACUCAAGGUCCCGAAUUCCUAGACUGGCUACUCAACCACUCCCACACCCAACCAAGCUGCAGAUCCGACUUCGACCGUGACAGCGGCGAAACAGCCCUCGUCCUCGCCGCCAAAGGCAACGAGCCCGCAUGUAUAGACUGGCUAUGCGAAAACUGUGAUCCCAUGGCCGCGCAAUCUACAGACCCAACAUUCGAAGAACCAAAUACUUUCGCCUACGCAAUGAAAACAGCUGCUCACAGUGUCCAGCCUAGCUGUGCGGCGAUCCUGUAUGCGAUAUCGAACUAUGCCCCUGAUGAACUGUAUCGGGAUCUUAUGCUAGUCAAGCAUAUUUAUUGGCUUGUUAUUAAGGCGUAUCGGGAUACGCAUUUGAAGUUGGAGUCCAGUAUGAACCCUGGUCAGAGUCGAAUGAAGUGUUUGGUGCUUUUGAGGAAUAUUACCAGGAGUAAGAUUAAGGUGUUGAAUACCAGGAUGCAGAUUAAUUGGAGGAGGUGGGUGAAGUCGGUGCAUUUCAAGUGGCUUUUGCAGUUUUGUAGUUUGCAUGGGUAUACUUUUAUUUCAAAGGAUAUGAAGUCGGGAAUCUCGUUUGAUUUGAAGACGUGGCAUCCGACUGCGAUGGACUAUCUGGAGGUGGAGGGAGAUUCGUAUAUGUCUAUGUCAUGA